GAUAAGAACCCUCGCCUGAGACAGUUGUAUGUUUUGGCUCCAUUCGGUAUCAACGGAAAUUCGAUUAAAAAAUGUGUGUGUUAAAAGUGCUCUUUGUGGCACUCGCGAGUGUUUUCAUAAUAUCUGCCACUAGUAUAAGGUUCGAUUCCGCUCCAGUUGUAAGCAAAUUGGCUUCUGCAAAUCACGCCCCGUCACUAUCAUCACAUAGUGCACCACAAAUUAAUAAUAUAAGCAUAGCUGAGGAUGAGUUUAUUCUGAAUGGCAAACCGCUGCACAUUAAAUCGGGCUCGCUGCACUAUUUUCGUGUGCCGGCCGAGUACUGGGCAGAUCGGCUGCGAAAAUUUAAAGCCGCGGGGCUGAACACCGUGUCCACGUAUGUGGAGUGGAGCUAUCACGAACCAGAGGAGCGGCAAUACUCCUUCUCAGGCGAUCGUGACGUUGCGCAGUUUGUACGAGCCGCCGCUAAAGAGGGACUCUACGUGCUCCUGCGGCCAGGGCCCUACAUCUGCGCUGAAAGGGACCUCGGUGGGCUCCCUUACUGGCUUCUUGGCAAAUACCCUAAUAUAAAACUACGAUCAGCCGACGAAGAUUUCGUAGAGGAAACAAGAAUAUGGAUGGCAAAACUAUUCGAACAUAUGAGUCCUCUUUUGUUCGGAAAUGGAGGACCCAUUAUAUUAGUACAGGUAGAAAACGAAUACGGUGUUUACGGUAGCGACAUGGUAUACAAAGAGCAGAUUCGAGAUAUAAUCAGCGAGCAUGUCGGUGCCAAAGCGCUUCUUUACACAGCUGAUUUCGUAGAUUUCGACUCUAUCCGAAAUGGUGCGGUUCCUGGAGCACUUGCUACUAUCAAUUUUGGAACAAAUUCAAAUGUGCAAACGGUAUUCGAACCACUGCGGCAGUACAUGCCUGAAGGUCCACUUAUGAACUCUGAAUUUUACCCUGGUUGGUUUACGCACUGGACUGAGAGCGCCCAAGGGCAAGAGAUCGCUCCCGUGAUCAGAACACUGACUGAUAUGAUGAACAAUAAAAUAAACUUCAAUUUUUAUGUGUUCUUCGGUGGGACCAAUUUUGAAUUUACCGCAGGUGCUAACGACGACAGUUUACAGAAAUACCUGCCGGAUAUAACAUCUUAUGAUUACGACGCACCGCUCACUGAAGCUGGCGACCCCACAUUAAAAUAUUAUGCUAUUAAGGAUGUACUGGGUCAGUUCAAUUCAGACGUCAAUGAAGACCAAAUUCCGACAGAAUCUCCAAAAGGAAAUUACGGAAAUGUAGUACUCAGAAGAAAAGUCAGUCUACUAUCUCCAGAAGGAAGAUCGCAAUUGGGAAAGAAAUAUUCUGAUGUCACAGGAUCAACGCUGCCGACAUUUGAGGAGUUACGUCAGCGUGCCGGUCUUAUGUUGUAUGAAACCACGAUUCAUGAUACAAACGGUAUACUGGAAAUAAAAAUGCCCAGGGAUCGUAUUUAUGUCUUCGUUGAUGAAGUGUACGCUGGAUUAAUAAGCCGAAUGACGAACAAACACAGUUUGUCAUUGGAAACAAAACCUGACUCCGUUCUGUCUUUGCUGGUGGAGAAUCAGGGACGAGUCAAUUUUGGGCAAUACUUGCACGAUUAUAAGGGUAUUUUAGGCACCGUAGAGUUUAAUGGAAAAAGUUUAAGUGGCAAAUGGUCUGUUACCGGAUAUCCACUGGAGCAAAUAGAUAAUAUUUCGGGUACGGAUCUUCAAAAUAGCGAUUAUGGUCCGGUGUUAUAUGAAGGAGAGCUUAUACUACCUGAAGGACAACAACCUCUCGACACAUUUCUGGACACUGGUGGUUGGGGAAAGGGAUAUAUCUGGGUGAACGGGCACAAUCUGGGUCGGUACUGGCCGUCGGCAGGUCCGCAGAUUACGAUGUAUGUGCCGGGAGUCUGGCUGCAUGCUGCGCCGUCGCAAAACAAAAUAAUUUUGCUAGAAUUAGAACAACCGCUAGGAGAUCUCACUAUAGAUUUCAUUAACUAUCCUAAGUUAGCCGGAGAAAAUUAAAACAAGCUAAUAAAUAAUAAACUGUUAAACAGACACUUGAUAAUACUUUGAUGAAAGCAGGUGUAGAGUAGUAAAUAUAAUAAACACUAAAAUAAGUAGUAAGUAUAAACUAUAUGUAGCAUCGAGAUAACCGCGAAAUGAAAUAGUACGUGAUAAAAUAGUAAAUCCUUGUACUGUCUCGAUAGACACGUUCGGGAUGAGAAUAGAUGUAGGAAGUGAA